GUCUUUUUUCUUUCUUACAUUUGCUGCAGCUGGUGAAACAUCGUGUUCGUUGCUGAGCCGGACGUUUCCUAGAUAAACUUGCACAAAAAAUCAUUAAAGAUGGCAUUUGGAGAUGUUAAAACACCUAAGGGACUUCUGGAGCUCAACAGCUUCCUGGCAGAGCAUAGCUACAUCGAGGGUUACGUUCCGUCUAAAGCCGAUUUGUCGGUGUUCGAAGCUCUGGGAAAGGCACCAACCGGCGAUUACGUUCACGUUCAACGCUGGUAUCGUCACAUUGCCUCAUUCAGUAGCCAGGAGCGUGCCAAUUGGGGAGGUCAAAUACUGCCACAGGUUGCUGGUGCAAAGCCUACUGUGACUGCUAAAGCCGCGGCUGCUGACGAUGACGAUGAUGUGGAUCUGUUCGGGUCGGAGGACGAAGAGGAAAGCGCCGAAGCAGCAAAGCUGAAAGAGGAGCGUUUGGCUGCCUACAACGCAAAAAAGUCGAAGAAACCGGCGCUGAUUGCAAAGAGUUCCAUUAUUCUCGAUGUAAAACCUUGGGACGAUGAAACCGACAUGAAGCUAAUGGAAACCUCUGUGCGUAGUAUCGAAAUGGAUGGUUUGCUUUGGGGAGCCGCCAAGCUAGUCCCUGUUGGAUACGGUAUCAACAAGCUACAAAUCUGUUGUGUCAUCGAAGAUGACAAGGUUUCCGUUGAUGAGCUUCAAGAGAAGAUUCAAGAUUUUGAGGACUUUGUACAGUCGGUUGAUAUUGCAGCAUUCAACAAAAUCUAAAUAUCUUAACAUUUUGACUGGUACUGUAAAGUUGAUCGUGAAAAAAAGUUACUUUCAA